AUGUUGCAGGUUGUUGGGGCAAAUGUUGCAGGCCACGUGUACACAGCCAUCGGCGACUACCCGAACGCGCUGGCGUCGCACAAGCAGUGCGUGCAGCUGGUCAAGCAGAUGGGCGACAAGCUGCAGGAGGCGCGCGAGAUCGGCAACGUGGGCGCCGUGUACCUGGCCAUGGGCGACUUCGACAGCGCCGUCGACUGCCACAUGGAGCACCUGCGCAUCGCCAAGCACCUCAACAACAAGGUGGAGGAGGCGCGCGCCUACAGCAACCUGGGCUCCAGCCACCACUACAAGCGCAACUUCGACCAGGCCAUCGCCUUCCACAACCACGUGCUGCGGAUCGCGCAGGACCUGGGCGACAGGACCAUAGAGGCGCGCGCCUACGCGGGCCUGGGCCACGCGGCGCGCUGCAUGAGCGACUACGGCCAGGCGCAGCGCUGGCACGAGAAGCAGCUGGACAUGGCGCUCAGCACCAAGGACAAGGUGGCGGAGGGCCGGGCCUGCUCCAACCUGGGCAUCGUGUACCAGCUGAUGGGGCACCACGACGCGGCGCUCAAGCUGCACCAGGCGCACCUGAACAUCGCGCGGCUGCUGCAGGACCGCGCGGGCAUGGGCCGGGCCUACGGCAACAUCGGGAACGCGUACUCGGCCAUGGGCUACUACGAGCAGGCCAUCAAGUACCACAAGCAGGAGCUGACCAUCAGCAAGGAGGUCAACGACCGCAUGAGCGAGGCCUCGACGCACGGCAACCUGGCCGUGGCCUACCAGGCGCUGGGCAUGCACGAGAUGGCGCUGCUGCACUACCACUCGCACCUCAACAUCGCCCGCGAGCUCAAGGACACCGCCGGCGAGGCCUGCGCGCUCCUCAACCUCGGCAACUGCCACUCGUCGCGCGGGGAGUUCGCGCAGGCCGUGCCCUACUACGAGCAGUACCUCAUGCUGUCGCAGGAGCUGCACGACACCGAGGGCGAGGCGAGGGCGUGCCACUUCCUCGGCUACGCCCACUACUGCCUCGGCAACUUCAAGGAAGCCAUCAGGUACUACGACCAGGACCUGGCACUGGCGAAGGACCUGCAGGACCGGAAGUCGAUGGGGAGAGCCUACUGCAACCUCGGCCUGGCGCACCUCGCCCUCGGCAACUCGGAGACCGCCCUCGAGUGCCAGAAGUACUUCCUGGCCCUCGCCCACAUGAUGAAGCACCUUCAGGGCAAGUUCCGCGCCCUGGGCAACAUCGGAGACGUGCUCAUGAAGAUGAAGAACUACGACGAGGCCGUCAAGGUGUACCAGAAGCAGCUGGUUCUCGCCAAGCAGUCACGUGACAAGGUCCUCGAAGCCUCGGCGUACGGAGCGCUCGGCCUCGCGCACCGCCUCCUCAAGUGCUUCGACAAGGCUCUCGGCUACCACACGCAGGAGCUGACAAUCCGACAGGAGAUGGGCGACAUCAAGGGCGAAUGCAAAGCCCAUGGCCACCUGGGCGCCGUCCACAUGUCGCUCGCCAACUACACCAACGCUAUGAAGUGCUACCAGGAACAGCUGGAGCGAGCGAAGGAACUGAAGGACGCCGCCAUGGAGGCCCAGGCGUUCGGCAACCUGGGCAUCGCGAGGCUCAACAUGGGCCACUUCGAGGACGCCAUCGGCUACCUGGAGCAGCAGCUGGCCACGCUCGAGCAGCUGUCCACCACGACCGCCGUGGUAGACAAGGGCCGCGCCUUCGGGAACCUCGGCGACUGCUACGACGCCCUCGGGGACUCGGAGGAGGCCAUCAAGUGCCACGAGCAGUACCUGGCCAUCGCCCUGAAGACGAAGAGCCCGAGGGACCAGGAGCGAGCCUACCGCGGCCUCGGGAGCUCCCACAGGUGCGUCGGGAACCUCCAGCAGGCGCUCGUGUGCUAUGAGAAGCGCCUCGUCGUGUCCCACGAGCUCAACAUCCCUGCUGCCAAGGGCUCUGCUUACGGCGAGCUCGGGCACAUCCACUACCUGCUGGGCAACUUCGAGCAGGCGAUUUCGUGCAUGGAACAUCAACACAAGAUCGCCAGAGAGCUCGGGGACAAGCAGAGCGAGGGCGAGGCGGCGUGCGGGCUCGGCACCGUGUACCAGCAGAUGUGCGAGUACAACACGGCCCUCCGAUACCACCAGCUGGACCUCAAGAUUGCCGGGGAGCUGGCGAACCCCGCGGAGCAAGGGCGGGCGCACGGGAACAUCAGCCUGGCGUACGAGUCGUUGGGAAAUUUUGAGCAGGCGGUGACUCAUGGCGAGCAGCAUCUCAGCAUCGCCGCGCAAAUGAACGAUAAGGUGGCCAAGACGUUAGCCUACGCCUCCCUCGGCCGCGUGCACCACGCCCUGGGCAACACCACCCAGGCUGUGGCGUACCUGCAGCAGGGCCUCCAGAUCGCCGAGCAGCUAGGCCGGCGCGAGGACGAGGCUAAGAUCCGGCACCGCCUGGGCAUGGCCCUGUGGGGGCACGGCGACCUGGAGGCGGCACAGACGCAGCUCGACCGCGCCGCCCACCUGCUCGACACCAUCCGGCGGGAGGCGCGCGGCUCGCAGGACUACCGCCUGUCCCUGUUCGACCUACAGACAGCGUCGUAUCAGGCGCUGCAGCGGGUGCUGGUGGGCCUGGGCCGCAACGAGGACGCCCUGCUCGUGGCGGAGCGGGGGCGCACGCGCGCCUUCGUCGACCUCCUUCUGGAGCGGCAGGGCGCCUCGACCUCCUCCAGGGCGUCGCGCAUCGAGGACUCAACGCCGUCGUCCGUCGACCAAAUUGUGGACAUCGUCAACCGGCAGAAGGCGUCGGUGCUGUACUACAGCAUCGCCGCCGGAUGCCUCUACAGCUGGCUCAUCGUGCCCAAUAAAGGCAUCGUGAAGUUCCACGAGGUGAGCGUGAGCGAGGUGGAGGCGGAGCGCGAGGGCGACUGCGGCGAGGACGCCGUCGGCACGUCGGGCUCGCUGCUGGAGCACUACAUCCAGUCGGUGCGCGACGCCCUCGGCGUGGAGUGCGGCGCCGGAGCCACGCGCGGCGGCGUGUCCAGCGAGACCGAGAGCGAGGCCGGCGACAUGUGGAACGCGCACCUGGAGGAGCUCGGUGACAAGCUCAACCACGAGGCCGACCGGACGGGCUUCCUGCGCAUGGUCAACCGCAACCACCUGUUCAACUCGUCCAACUACUCCCUGUCGUCGCUGUUCUCCCUCGGCUCCGUCAGCGGGUCCAUCGCCUCGGGCUCGGCCUCCAGACCGGGCUCGACGCGCUCCAGAAGGGUCACGUGGCAGGGCCCGUCGUGCCUCCGCUCGCUCUACGAGCUGCUGAUCGCUCCCAUGGAGGACCACCUGCCCGAGACCGGCGUCACGAGGGAGCUCAUGCUGGUGCUGGAGGGCGACCUGUACCUCGUGCCGUUCCCGGUGCUCAAGGGCACCAACUCCAACGACUACCUGUGCGAGCGGUUCUCGCUGCUCGUGGUGCCGUCCAUCAGCGCGCUCAUGAACCAGCGCUCCAAGAACUCGAAGCCAAGCGGCGAGCAAACGUCGGCGCUGGUCAUCGGGAACCCCAAGCUGCCGAGCACCGUGACGGAGCAGUGGGGCUGGGGCGACAUCCCCUACGCAGAGCAGGAGGCCACCAUCGUCGCCGAGAUGCUGCAGACGAAGGCCCUCACCAGCGCCUGCGCCAACAAGGAGGCCAUCAUCAGACUCAUCUCGCAGGUGGAGUGCAUCCACCUGGCGACGCACGUGUCGUGGAAGCUGUCGGCCGUGAUCCUGUCGCCGGGCGAGUUCGUGGAGUCGCGCGCGUCGAAGCGGCUGUCGCACUCGUCGCAGCCCGAGGCCAUCCACGAGCACCUGGACGACGAGAGCUCCGACAUCGCCUCCACCAUCGACCUGCCCGCACUCUCCGAGUUCCUCCUGACGGCGGCCGACAUCCUCAACCUCAAGCUGAGGGCUAAGCUGGUCGUGGUGUCGUCCUGCCACACCCGGGACCACCACGGGCGCGCCAACAGCGACGGGGUGGUGGGCUUCAUCCGGGCGCUGCUGGCCGCCGGCGCCCAGUGCGUGCUGGUGUCCCUGUGGCCCGUGCCCGACACCGCCGUCAAGAUCCUCUUCAGGACUUUCUACUCUUCUCUACUGCAGGGGGCGCGAGUGAGCCGGGCGCUGUCGGAGGCCCAGCAGACGGUGCAGACCACGAAACACUUCGCCCACCCGGCCAACUGGGCGGGCUUCCUCCUCGUGGGCGCCGACGUCAAGCUCUCGAAUAAGGUGGCUCUGAUGGGUCAGGCGCUGUGUGAACUCCUACGCACGCCUGACAAGUGUCGAGACGCCCUCAGAGUGACGUUGCAUUUGGUCGAGAAGUCCCUCCAGCGCAUCCACCGAGGUCACCGCAACGCCAUGUACACGACGCAGAAGUCCAUCGAGAACAAAGUCGGGAACGUGAGCGGCUGGAAGGACCUGCUGAUGAGCGUGGGCUUCCGCUUCGAGCCCGCGGCCAACGGCAUCCCCAGCAGCGUGUUCUUCCCCCAGAGCGACCCCGGGGAACGGCUCACCCAGUGCUCGGCCAGUCUGCAGGCGCUGUUGGGUCUCUCCCAGACAUCCUUACAGGCAGUCUCGAAGCUCCUAGACUCCCCCGAAUAUGCAGAGGACGUCAUCUCCGUCAUGCGCGCCGUCAUCACCCAGUUCACCGUCAAGGACCUCGAGAACGAGUCAAUCGAGGUUCCGGUGCAUGUCAAGCUCUGGCGCGUCAACGGCUGUCAUGAACUCCUGGCGUCGUUAGGCUUUGACCUGAUGGAGGUCGGGCGGGACGAGGUCACGCUGCGGACGGGGAAGCAGGCCAACAAGCGCAACAUCCAGUUCGCGCACCAGGCCCUGCUGGCGCUCUUCGACACCCAGGAGGCCCCGAAGAGCCUGAGCGUCGACUCGAGCAGCAGCCUCGAGUCCCUGGUGAGCACCGACGACGAGGAGGAGUCCGUGGCCGCGCCCCCGCCGCCGCCCCCGCCCUCGCAGCCGCUCCUGCCGCACCGCACGGCGCCGCUGCUGCUGGGCCGAGGCGCCUUCUCCAGCUACGUCAGGAACCGCGGCGAGCCCGACGGCGCCCGCGCCUCCACCAGCGAGCAGAAGGGGCGCGAGAGCGACGCCGCCUUCACGCCCUCGCCCGUGGACCCGGGCGCCAAGUACGCCCGCGCCUUCCGCUCGCCGCACGGCCCGCCCAGCGACACGGGCUCGCCGCAGCCGUCGCCGAGGCUGUCUCUGACGCUGGCGCACCAGAACAAGAUCCGCUCCAUGUACACGUCCAACUCGCCGGCCAGCGACGGCGGCGGCAAGCGGCCCGACAGCUCGUCCAGCACGAGCAGCAUGACGGACUGGGAGAGCGGCCAGGCCACGGUGCGGCGCCAGCCCAUCGCCAAGCCUGUGAUCACCUCCAAGGCGCCCAUCUCCGCCACGCACAGCCGCGUCAGCGACGUCAGCGCCGGCUUCAUGCGCCCGCACUACGUGUCCAUCAACAAGAGCAACUCGCAGGCGUCGUCGGGCUUCGAGUCGCAGAGCUCCGACUCCGACUUCGGGCCGCGCCGCACGGGCACCGUCAGGAGCGUCUACACCACGGUGGGCAGCGCGUCCACGCUCAAGCUCAGCAAGAGCGCCACCAUGGACACGCUGGACCGCCUGAGCGUGCGCACGGAGGUGGGGCGCCCCAUGGUCGGCGGCGCCCGCGGCCGGCGCGACCGCAGCACCGAGCGGGAGCUGUCCGGCGACAACGCGGAGGGCCAGGCCACAGGCGCCAGCGCCGCCGUCGUCAGCACCGCCGCCCGCGGAGAGGAGGGCGAGGACGCGGGUCUGGUUGCAGAGCUGGGAAGAUGCCGGAGGCCGCGCGAGAUGAGCAACGAGAUACCUGCCGUGUAG